CCGGCAUCCAACGAUCCAUCCUACUAUCACGACAGCAGUCGAGACGAUGCUGAUGUGACCAUGUGCAUUUGUCCCGUGUGUGGAUUUUCUGCCUCCUCACCGCGGGGACAGGAUGAGCAUAUGGAAACAGAGCAUGGAGAAUGUCACAACGGGGCCUCGGCCAGAUCCGCAUCCCUGCCCAUCGAGCGUCUCUCACCUGGUCCUGACGUGUUCGUCUCGUCCAGUUUCGGGUUGCGAGCCUCAUCGACCCCGCACCAACAACAGCAAGCACCACAACAACGCACCCUACCGACCUGCGAUAAAACCCUUCCAGUUACUGCUAUGGUGGGAGUUCCCAGUACUGGACUCAGUCUGCCACACACGACCAGUUUGCCCUAUUUCUCUUAUGACUUGAACUCGCCUGGUGUGAUGGCUUCAGCGACAGCCGGAAAUGACGCUGUGUCUCCCACUGCUUCCACACACUCGAACCCAGUCUCAAUGAGCACAAAUCACGUGAGCGUAAAGGUCGCAUCUGAUCCGGAUACUGCACGCACGGGAAUGAAAACUCGCACUUAUCGUGGCAGUCUCGGACGGCACACACGCAUAGCAUCAGUAUCCAAACUGAUGGAUUGUGAAUCUCCCGUAUCGAACGUUCUGUUCCCACAGAAGGUUGAUUCACGUCGACGGUACCGGUGUAACAUUUGUCCGGCGACCUUUCCUUGGCAUGGCGAUUUAACUGAACACUUACGACUGGCACAUGGCAUGCAAAAAACCCGUGAAAGCGCCCGCAGUGGAAAGGCGGGCAAUUUCUGUUGUAAUCAUUGCAAAUACGUGGCCAAAUAUCAGAGCGAACUGCGAAGACACAUGCGUUUACACUGGGGCGUGAAACCGUUUGUGUGUGUGUUCUGUCCUUAUCGUAGUGCUUGGAAAGGGGAUUUGAAGCGUCACAUGGAAUCUCAUCAUCGGGAACGAUUCAGUUCGGAGGCGGAUUUGGUUGAGAUUAUGUCCCAGUUUAAGAACAACGCCGGAACUACAGUGAACGGACUUCCGUUAUCCGCGAAACCGGUCACAGAUGCGUACAACUUCGGCAGUGAUUUUGAGUCGGAGACAGCCGAUGAGGGAUCAUACAAACUGCAGGAUAGUCAGGAACUUAGCAGUUCUGGUGAAACUUCCUUAUCCGGUUUUCCAAAACCGUCAUCCACCACCGAUUUGCUUUCCUUCAAAUGUGCAAAGCUUGAUAGUGGCAGUGUGGAAAAUCCACUAAUAUGCACAAUAUGUUCGUAUAAAGCACAGAAUCAGAGCAAGUUACACAAUCAUAUGGCUGGUCAUAUGAAUUUGAAACCGUUCAAAUGUCCAAUUUGUGAUCAUCGAAGUAAUUAUAAAUGGGAUGUGCGCAAACAUCUGCGUAGUCAGCAUCCAACUCAAGCGGAUCUACCGGUGGUCGUCCUAUCUGGUCUCGAUCGUACUGGGGAUAUACCGCCAGAGACACCAUUGAAUCUCAGUCCACCUGAUUCCCCAAUGAGUUUGUGUAUUGAUUUGGCUAGCAAGACUCCGGAACAACCAACCGUGAGAUCCUCAUUGACGCCGUCAUCUGUAGCUAUUCCAAGUCCCGGUCACCCGUGGUCUACACAAUCAGCAGUUCCGUGUGAACCCGACCCGGAUGUGGUGCCCAUUGAUCUUUCCGUGAAAGAUCAAACCAAUCCGAUUCAACAGCCAACGCUCCUUGGUACCACAACUGAGACAAAUGUGGCUUCCACAUUACUCGAUCACGCACUCAUAUCGGACUCGGGUGUAAUUCAGCACACUGUUUCCUCCUUGGUCGAUUCCAAACCGACCAUGAAUGUGACCGCGGGAUUUUCGGCCAUACCGAUGAUACAAAAUGUGACCACCAAUCCGCCGGUGUCUACUUCCGCACCAUCAGUGACCGGGAUUUCUUGGACAUCGGGGCUGAAUUGUGUUGACCAGUCCGGGCUACUCGCCUCCAGUCCACCGAACACCAAUGCAAUCGGUCUGAUACUGAACUUACAACAACAGCUUUUGAUGCAUGGUCUUCUGCCGUCGUGGCCACCGCGACCGAUAUCCACUGUGAUUUCCACCUCUAAUCCACUACCGCCUCAACGAGCCUCGUCCGCAAAUGGUUCAGACCAUAUUGUCUCCGGAUUAAACUUAACAGACGUUCACCCGGACCCGAUCGAUUCCAAUCGGAUUAUGCUAUCUGACUUCAGUUUGGUUUCAGACCCAAAUGGAGUAUAUGGGAAGAAAACCCCAUCUGAAUGGUCUUCAGCAGACACAGAUCCAUCCGAACUUAUGCACGCCGGUCGCAACUCAUUCGGUCAAGCCGAGGCGUCUGAGAAUUCUGCCCAAGAAACACCCAGACGUACACGAGGUCGGAAGUUGACCACAGCGUCCUCGUGUUAUAAUCGUCCUGGAGGNUGGUGCUGGUGCCGCCAGUACCGGUUCACUUGGACCGAAGGAGGAACAGUGGAAACGCCACCAGUAGCUCAUCCAGAACGGACGAACAUCACCACCGUAACACUGGAUUUGGAGGAAGCCAAACAAACAUUCGGCGAGUAUAUGAACCGACUGAAAAUGUCUCGUAGUCGAUAUCUGAAUGAUUCCGCCGGGGGUGUGAUGGGCGGCUCUUCUGGUUCCGGCGGUACUGGUUGGACUGGUGGUUUGGCUUCGACAAGUGAAGGCUACUAUCGACCGUACAAGUGUUCCGUUUGUGGCCAUCGGAGCAAUUGGAAGUGGGAUGUUCGUAAACAUAUCAAACAGAUGCAUAACAGUGAGGCUGAAGUGAUCACUCUGAGUUUGGAUGAGGCACGACGAACCAUACACCAAUACAAAAGUUGUCGACGUCAACAACAAACUCGUCUUUUGGAUGCGACAGCACUCAAAUCGGAACCGCAGAAUAUAUCUCCGGACCCAUCAGCGUUAUUUCCCUUGCAAGAUGAUAGACCAAACAUAUCCUCUAGUGUCCUCGAACAGAUGCCACUUAACCCGGUGACAACAACCGAGUCGACCGUGGAAUCAUCUAUGCCCUGCUCCUCAUCCUCACCAUCAGUCUUGCCACCGCCACCACCGCCGACCAGUCCCUCAAAAAAUAUUCCUACGAUUGAACACAACCUACACAGAGCUGGUGAUGUUGUUACUAACGCCAAUGCUUUGAUCAGAGAGAAAUCCUAUACAUUAUACUAUCCAUGUCGUCAAUGUGGCCGACGUUUUCGAUCCUAUCCCACUCUAUUCUUCCACAUGCAUCAUAAACAUCAUGCGGGGACAGCAUUAAAAUCAUCGAACACAGCAACAACCACAACAUCAACCAACCACGAGGCAAAGCUUGGCUCCGUGCCGCCUCUGUCCAUUCGAUUUUACUACGCUGUUUCGAGAAAUUUUCCACGUCAUUCAAGUCGUAUGAAUCGGUCGAAGUGCCCGGUAUCCAGUACCUCUAAUCCGGCUGUGAAAUUGGAAGACCACGAUGCAAAGGUUUCGGAUUCUGACCCCGCUCGUUUCAAACAGAACGUUGUUGCCUUCAGUGUCGGUACUGACUCAGCAACUAUCACAGACGAUCCUCAGUUCACGAUGCGUAAUCCUUUCCAACGGGAUCGCGUUUUGCGUGCACGACGACGCACCUGUGAAAACGUAUAUUCCAUCAACAGUCAUUCGACUUCGUCCCCGUUACGUUCAUUUGCCAAUCAAGACAAUGCAAACCCAUUGCCUCUAUUGACACGAGUCGCCAGUGAGGAUCGGCUUCAUUCCGUGGCGGAAGAUCUGUCACCGCGAACUGUAAGACAACUAACCGAACUGUUGGAUAAGGUUUUGAGUUUGCUGGAGGGAAAAAUUCCAUCCGGUGGUGCUGAAGUUGUGAACACAGCAGCAUUGAUUGGUAAGGGGAAUGGGGAAGUUGUAUCACAUUUGGCUAAUCUGAUUGAGGAACGAUUGUCAAGGAAUGAAAAAUCCCUUCCAUACACCGGUUCCAAAGUGUUGGAUACCAGUGCUAGCUCGAACGAGGAGAAUCAACCUUUGGGUAAUACAGAACCAGACGAUGGGACCAUUUCAGACAGAUCAUUGAGUAAAAUCUUGCAUCAUCCUGAAGUCGAGCGACGAUUCCUCCGUCUGGCCAGUCUGCUUCACACACACGGGCACCGAUCGACGACCGCUUGUUCACGUGAUCUGAUCGCUUGUCCACGGGAUUCAGCCAAACGGUUUCGACCGACCGAACCUACACAACGCACGAAUAUGUAA